AUUGCUACUUGCCUGUUUCAUGGAGCCCUAUAACUUCUGUGGUUUUUCGGGGAGGCCACUGUGUUGUCGUGAAACAGGGUGAUGAAAGUCAUCCAGCGACCCUUGGGGCUGCGCUGUAGGAUGGAUGGACCCUCGCCCCUCUUGUGGCAGUUGGAGAUCCCAGCACAGGCAAGUGACCAGUAUGAGUGACUUCUCCCUCAUCCUUCAGGAAAAGCCAAUGUCCCCACUGAGGCCUCCCAAACGCUCUGUGAGGAAGGCCAAGGAGAAGAAAUGCACUUUCUGGGGCAUUGAAGUGGCAGAGGCUCUCCACUGGCAUGGCUGGGAGCUGGGAAAGGAGUUUACCAAACAUUUAUCCUUGAAAAACGUUCACAUGAAAACCCAGAAGCUGCGUUACAGACCUCCUGCCACAAGAUUUUUCAUCACUGUUUUCCCACAGCCGAUUGUCCUGAGCCCUGGGAUGUCCUUAACUCUUCCCAUCAUUUUCCGUCCCUUGGAAAAGAAGGAGUAUGAAGACAGCAUCUGCUUUGAAAAGCCUGAGGGUGAGUUCUCUAUUGCCCUGCGAGCUACGCUUCCACGCCACAAGCUGUUCUUCCCAGACACCAUCCAGCUGCCUCUCUGUGCCGUCCACGAUUUUACAGAAGCCUCGUUUCCCCUGUGCAACGUUGGCGAUCUAAUUACCUUAUUUAACUGGGAGACGGCAAGCCCUUUUCACCUGACUCCUGUCAGUGGCAUGCUGGAGCCAGGCUCUGAGUGCGUGGUGAAGGUGACCUUCCAGCCCCAGAUGGCACUGGUGUAUGAUGCGAUAGCAGUGUGUUGGUUUGGAGACAGUGAGGAAUGGAAGAGGACCAUCAAGCUAAGAGCCAUCGCCAAAUAUCCUCGCCUUCUGGUGAGUGUGCUUGGGGACCUGUGUGAAGAUGUUGAAACUGGGGACUUCCGGGACGUGCUGUGUUUUGGUUCUGUGGCUGUUGGUGCCGCCGUAGAGAGACACGUGGAGAUCUGCAACCCAUCCAUGGUCAGCAUCCCGUUUAGGAUUGAGAGAGCAAAGGAACCUCUGCUCCGGGAUUAUGUCUUCUCUUGUGAUGUCACACAGGCCAUGGUUCCAGCCAACGGGAAGCUGCUUAUCUCUGUGCGCUUUAGCCCCCACACAGUAGGGGUGCAGAGUGUGGACUAUUUCAUCAUCAAGCCAGUAGGGAACCUCACACAAAAGGUCCUGAAGGUGAUUGGAUCAUGCAAAGGUCCUUUAGUGUUCCUGCAACGUUCCUUCGUGAACUUUGGCUGGCUCAACCUUGGAGAAUGUUUGACGCAGUCUUUGGAAAUCAGCAACAUUUCGGAUGUCCCUGCCUAUUACCAGUUUGACAUUGAUGGCAGAGAGAGCGUCUUCUCCUUUGAUUGCCCUUGUGGAGUCCUAAGCGGGAUGGCCACUCUCAUCCUGAGGGUGACGUUUCGGCCUGCUCACCCUAUCAUCUGUUAUCGCAGAGUGGUGUGCCUCGUCCAUCACCAGAAUCCAUUGUUCCUGGAUUUGUUUGGUACCUGCCAUUCUGAUACAACUAAACCAGCCAUCCUGCAGCCAAGACACCUCUCGUGGUACAGGACCAACAUGGCACGAGGACUGACUUUCUACCCACCGGACAUCCUGAGCUCAAUGCUGAGGGCAGGGAAGCUGCAGAUGGAUGAAUACAGAGCACUCAAGCUGCCUCCACAGGUCCCUGAAGACAAGCCCCCUGAGGAGUACCCAUACAUUGACCCCAUGACCGAAUAUUUCCAUGAUGGCAUAACCAGCGACCUCACCAUCUUUCCCCCUCACAUCAGUGUCAGCGUGAGGGAGUUUGAUUUUGGUUGCUGUGUGCGGCUCCAAGAGGUGGAACCACUUCCUCUCUGCCUGACCAAUCACACCAAAGGAAAAAUCACUGUUACGUGGACAUGCAGGCCGGAGAGUCCCUUCCGGGUGACCCCUGAAACCUGUGACAUCCCACCUCUGAAAUCCACAGCCUUUCGCCUCAUUUUCCAGCCCUCUCAGCUCAACACUCUGUAUGCAGCAGAGCUGGAAGGCUUUGCCUUCUACAAGGUGCUGAGACACUAUAGUAACAUUGAGGAGGACAGCACCAUGUGUCCAUCCUGGUGCCUGACCAUCCGGCUGAGGGGCCACACCUUUGAAGCAGAUCGGCAGCACUUCAUCCCGCAUUAUGUCCUGGACUCCCCCAAGGUGUUCCCUGCGGUGGGUCCAAACACCAACACCUACCGCAGUGUGCUGCUCUGGAACGUUGGCACUUCCCCUAUCACCUUCUGCAUGAACCAGGACAUCUGUCCCUCCGUUUUGGUCAAACCCUGUUCAGGGUACAUAGGCCCAGGAGCCCACCAAAUCUUCCUUCUCUCAACGCAGCCGGUGGACAUGGCCACACACCAGCACAUCCUGUCCUUGCAGCUGAACUCCUAUCCCGAGUACACCCAGGAGAUCCUGCUCCAGAGCAAUGGCGAGUCCCUUCUGUUGCUCUUAGAAGGAGAUGGGAAUCUGUACUUCAAGCCUACCUGUGUGGGGACCUCAACCACACGCACUUACACCAUAAAGAACUGCACAAGGUUGCCAAUGCACUUCAAGUGGAAGAUCCAGGAGUCUGACAGCAAGGUCCUGUCCGUCAAGCCCGCCACAGGGGUCAUCCAGCCCAGCGAAGCCUUGGCUCAGUUAUGGACCUUUACUCCUGGCAAGGAGACCAAGUAUCUCCUGCGAAGCUGGGUGUCAGUGUGGAGAGCCCAAGGGAGUUCAACCCCUGAGUCUCCUGAGAGCACCCGCUACACCCUGCGGAUUAUUGGCGAGGGGGCACUGGGCACCAUUGGGGCUCAAGAGGAGCAGCUGGACCUAGGGAACAUUCUGGUUGGCAGCCUGCAGUCCUGUGACCUUGUAUUGUUGAAUAAUGGGACCUGUUCUCUGAACUACAUCCUCCACGUGGAGCAGAUGAUCACAGGACCGUGUGACCCUGAGGAAGUCCUCAGCGAUCCGCUAGCUUUAGAGCUGGAUCAUUACAAGGGGAUGAUUCCUGCAAGGUCAAAGGCCAUUGUCCAAGUAACCGUCAGCCCAGCCCGUCAACUGCAUUACACCUGGUCAAUCAGUUACACCAUUUCAACGCCAAAAGCUCUGGAUCCUGCAAACACCGUAGGGGAGCAGCAGGCCCUCUGCUGUGUAGUAGCGACGGGCAUCUACCCCUCUAUCUGCGUCACGGAUGUGUGUGCAGCAGGAAGUGCCCGCGGCAUCAGCAAGCUGCACCUCUGGAGGCUCUUUGCACUGGAAACUCUGAACCAGUACCUGGAGCGAGACCCCACCUCCGCAGAGCUCACCUACAGGGUUCCCACAAGGCACAGCAUCUGCCCAGUCCCUCCCGUGCAUACCCCCGUCCUGUUGGAUUUCAACUUUGGGGCUGCUCCAAUUGAAGCCGAGCCGUCUGUGGUUAUCCUCAUGCUGGAGAACAAUGGGGUGGUGCCGGUGGAAUGGGCCUUUCUGUUCCCGUCUGACCAGAAGAUUGAUGUGGAGCACUGGGCAGAAAAAACAGAGUUCAACCCCAGUGAGCUGCACCAGAUGAGAGUUCAGGAGAACCAGCUCUUCAGUGUUUCCCCAAAGUCAGGAAGACUCUUCCCAGAACAGGAGCAAACAGUGCAGCUCUCACACAGACAUGAUUUCAUCGGCACUGAUCGGCUCCCGGUCCUGCUGAAGGUCUCCCAUGGCCGUGAGAUUCUGUUGAAUUUCAUUGGCGUGACGGUGGAACGGGAGCAGCGGUACGUUCAUUUUACCUCCACUAAGCAUCUGUUCACCCCCAUCGCCAUUGGCAGCUCCAGCCCACCCAAACAGAUCUAUGAGCUGUACAAUGGGGGCUCCAUGGCUGUGGCUUAUGAGAUUCAGCUGGACUCUGUGAUGAAAAUCCAGGAGGAGAAUUUCCAGCAUCCCGUGUUUGUCUGUUUGAAUCCCAGGGGGGAGAUCCUUCCCGGCAUGACAAGCCACAUCGAGUGGGUCUUCUCACCACUGGAAGCCAGAACAUACUCUGUGGAUGUUCCCAUCCACAUCUUGGAGGGAGAUUCGGCUCUGAUCACCUUCCAGGGAAUAGGCUACGAUCCACAUAUUAUGGGACAGACUGCCCAGUUCGACCAAGUCUUGUCUCCUUCAGUGACUCCAGGUUCUUCAAAACUAACAGUGCCCGGGCAGACAGCCUUCUUAUCCCAGCACAGGAUUUGCCUUGGAAACAUCCCAGUCUUCAGCAAGUCCAGCCGGCUCGUCUUUCUCAACAAUGCCUCCGAGAGCGAGGCAGUCAUCUUUGCCUGGCACGUUGGCACUUCUAGCGUCAGCGAGACGCUACAGAUUGUACCAGAGAUGGGAGUCGUGCAGCCCGGGGAUGGUACCCACUGCAUCAUCACGCUGCAAGCAUCUGGGAACCCAUGCUUCUACAAUGCGGAUCUGGUGUGUGAGGUUGUCAUGCAGCAGCCACUGGCUAAGUACGAGAAGGAGCUCCAGGAGUGGGAGGCUGAGAAGGAACGGCAAACUGUGGAAUUCACCAUCACCGAGCAGGACCUUGGGGCCGAGAGCAAUCUAAAGCAGCAUGCCAGAAGCUCAUCAAACUCCUCUGCAGAAGAAAAACUCACUAAGUCGCCCGCUGUGACCAGACAGUGCAAGACUCUGCCCCCCAUUAAAAACCUCCCUGCACCCAAUCCACCCGUCAGCCGCAGUCAGAGGAGGCACCUGAUGGACAAAGAAGCCAGUAGACUGUGGGCUAAACCAAAGCCUCCCAAGUCCCAUCUGCUACAUCUCGGAGUGACAGCCAGGUCCCAUUCCAUGGACGACUUCCUGAGUAACUUCUGCUCCGAGCUCCCCAAAUACUUCCUUUGCCGGCGUCUCAAGGAGAUGGUGGGAGACAAGGCUGUGGACAGGCGGAAGGACGAGGGAGGCGUCAGGACAGACCCUGUUCUUCUGGCACUGACUGGCUCUUCCGAACAGGAGAUGCAGGUGGUGACUGACCUGCUGGCUGCUGUGAUCAGAGGCCUCUUGGAGGACACCGAGUUCCACCAGGCGAUGAGCAGGAGCCUGGAUGAGCCCCUGCCUUACUUCCACCAGGUCAGGGCUGCAGGAUCAGCAAAGCACCAGGGCAGGAAGCGGAGCCCGGGCGGCUCCUCCAGAGCGUCUCUUUCCCCAGCCCCUUGUGCGAAGGACAAGCCGGGAGAGGAGGAGGAGGGGGAGAGUCAGGAAGAAUGUGAGAUGAGCCUGGUCACCUCUCCCAGGGCGGCUGGGGAGGAGCCUCCGGAUAGCUUGCGUGACAUCCUUCAGCAGGAACAGCUACGGGAGGAGAAGGAGACAAUCACCAGGCUGCCUGCAUUCGGGAACCUGCUGGAGUUGGUGCUGGAGAACACGCUCCAGAACAUAAUGGUGGAGGCCAGCCGUGGUGAGGUGGUUCUGACGGCCCGUCCCAGGGUGAUCGCCCUGCCCCCCUCCUCCACCCAAAGAGGCAUCAGCCCAGCCAUGCCUGGCCACCCUGCAUCGCUGUCGCACAAGCCAGGGCCUGGGCCCAGCCUCCCCACCGAAGGGAAGGAAACUGAGGGUCACCCUCAGAUUAACCGGUCUGCCUAGAUAGCCUGCAUGUCUCAGAACCGCUGCCCAUGCGAGCCGAGUUCAGCGCUCAGUCUGAUCUCUGAGGAACAGCAGCGGCCACAGCCCCUACUGGAAUCCCCCACGGCAGCUGGCUCCUGGGGACCAGGCCUUCUCCACUGCUGGCCAGGUCAGAGAGGAGCCAGCCCCAAGACCUGAGGUGGGUGGCUGUGCCUAGGGGAGUUCAGCCACCUGGCACUGAGUGUGGAGGGCAUCUUGCUUUGCAGCGAGCUGGGCAUUUGGAGCGGGACUCUGUCGGUGAAGUGUCCCCCGCAUGCCCCAGGUUGUCCCUGUGGGUGGGACGCGGGUUUUGAACAUGCCUACUUUGAAAUUGAGCCUGCCACUGACGACUCCCUCCCUGCACGCUGUUCCGGUUCUCAAUCUCUCUCUGCAGCGGCAGCAGGAACCCGGGCCCUUCUGCUGCCACGAUGCCCAACGUCAGUGAAACUGGGGCAGCUCCACUCAGGAACGGCCGGCCUGCCGUGCAGCUACCUGACUGGCUGCAGGACUGACUCCCUCGGGUGCUACCCCCAAAUAAAAUGUGCUGUAUGGCUGUGCCCUUCUCUGGGAGAGUGUGAGGUGGCUAAUGCUUGGACUGAGCUCCUGCCAAGCUGGGGCCCCCCUCGCCGCUCAGAGUCCUGUUAUGGCACAUGGGCCCCUGCAGAGCCGUUCAUGCUGCUCCCCCGGGGGUGGGGGGAAUUGGGACCCCUGUGGACUGUGCAUGGCCUGUCUGUGUCUCCCCCUCAGCACCCCGUGGCCUGGCAGGCAAGCCAAGACCCGAGUGUCAGAGGAGAGAGAUUCACCCGAAACAGGCAGGGUCAGCAAUUGCCAAUAGGUGGCACCAGCACCAUUAGUAAAAGUACCAGAUGGUUCAC